GCAGGAUUUGAACUGCAGGGGCAAUCAGGGGCUGCCGUGAUGGGGAAGGGAGGGUGGGGGAGAGAGCUGGUAUCCGGGGAAGCAGCAGAGAGGAAGAGGCAGGCAGUUUCCAUACUAGGUGCUGACAUCUCCGGCAAGCAGAAAAAGGCGCACACGGAGAGAAUAACCGCUCGGAUCAGAAUAUUCUCAGCAUGGAAAAUCCAUGCCAAGAAAAUGAAGAACAGCCGCGGAGCGCGCCGAGGCCCGACGAGGAGGAGCCUCCAGUGGAGCAAGCUCCCGAGAAGCAGGGGCCUGAGGAGGAGCCCUCUUCGGAGGAGCAAUCCUCGGAGGAGGAGUUCUUCCCCGAGGAGCUGCUGCCCGAGCUCCUGCCCGAGAUGCUGUUGUGUGCGGAGCGCCCCCGGCAGGAACGCCUUUCCAGCAAGGACCUGUUUGAGGAGCGCCCUCCCAUGGAGCAGCCUCCUUGUGGAGUAGGCAAACAUAAGCUCGAAGAGGGAAGUUUCAAAGAAAGGCUGGCCCGCUCUCGCCCGCAGUUUAGAGGGGACAUUCAUGGCAGAAACUUAAGCAAUGAGGAGAUGAUACAAGCAGCCGAUGAGAUGGAAGAGAUGAAAAGAGUGAGAAACAAACUGAUGAUAAUGCAUUGGAAGGCGAAACGCAGCCGUCCUUAUCCAAUUUAAUGUAUUCUGUCUUUAAUUCUGUUUUGCCUGGAAACAGUGUUGCCACCGGAACUUUCUGUCUGCAUUUUCUUACAUGUCUUUUUCCCCAUCUUCCUAAUUUUAACUUUUUUUUCUUUUUUGACGCAGCUUUAAUUUAGGUGCUUGGCUCCUAACUGGCAUAAAAUUGUUGUUGCUUUUUUUUUUCCUCCCUGAGAUCUGAGCUCCAUCUAUUUGCAUGGAAAGAUGUACAUGACAUAUUGUGAAGUGAAAAAAGCAAUUUUCAAGAGUUAUAUAUAAUAUCCAUUUUUGUAAAAAAGUCCUGUAUAUUUAUAUAUUAAUAUGCAAAGAGAAAAUGAAAAGUAUGGACUUCAAAAGCUUACCAUGGCCAUCUGUGUGGUGAGAUAAGUGAUUUUAAUUUUUAAAUGUGUUGAUCUAUCUGAAUCUCAUUUUUUUUCCAAAUGAACACAUUCUGCUUGUGUCACAGAAAAAGAAAAACCAGUAUAAUGAAAAGUGAAGCUAUUUUGAAAAUUACCUAAUCAGCUCAUAAUGACAAUGUGGCACUUAAUAAAUACUUGUUGGAAUUUUAAAAGAGCAAAA